AUGCAAAUUAAAAAAUUAUUCGCCAUUUCCGCUUUAAGUGGAUUUGCACUCGGUGCUAAUAGUAAGUACUUAUUAGAUUGAAUAAUGGAACCAGCGAAAAUGGGUCGCUGAUGAAUUGGGCCGAGGUUCUACGAGACUAAGGAGCAAUACGUCAGAUAAAGUACUCUUAAGACGGCGAAUAUGAGCAUUAGAGGUUUAAGCCAAAAAUUUCGUAUGCGAAGAGUUAUGGAACAAUAAGCAAGUGGAACAAAUGAAACUAUUUUUUGAGCGGUUUUCAAUGGCACCAGAAGUAUAUCACUAGCAUUGAUGCCUCUAAGAAGCUCAUCAACAUUCCAUUCGGUGAACGGGAUUAAACCACGGUAAGCCACUUUUUCCGUCCGUCUUAAAAAGUUCUGAAUUCCGACAAUAUAGCCGAUUUGAUUUGUGCACUACUAACAUUAUUUAGACUCUACCUUAACCACCGCUACUCCAAGUGUCAGUAAGGCAUGUUCUUUCAAGGACUUCACCGCCACCAAGUCGGAAGAUAUUGCAUCUAUUGCUGCUUGUUCUACUGCUGUCGGUGACAUCACUAUCAAGGGUGAUUCUUUCGGUUCUAUUGAAUUGAAUGGUGUUGAAGAGCUCUACGGUAAUCUUCAUGUCAACAAUGCUACCGAAGCCACCUCAUUAAAUGCAGCAACCUUACAAUUAGUUUCGGGUAAACUUAAUUUAGACGGUAACACCAUCUUAGCUACCGUCAACUUGGCUCAAUUAACCACAGUCGGUACCCUUAACUAUAACGCUUUACCAGCUUUAGAAAAGACUGGUUUAACUUCCGGUAUCACUUCUGCUGAUGAAGUUAUCAUUUCUGACACUGGUUUAACUUCCUUAGAAGGUAUUAACGUCUUCAAGUUGAAGGUUUUCAACGUCAACAACAACGCUGAUAUCUCAACCAUCGACUCUGGUUUGCAAAAAGUCACUGAUGAAUUAUCUAUUUCCUACAAUGCUGAAAAGGUCGACGUUUCUUUAGAUCAAUUAGAAGAAGCUAACGACGUCUACUUACAAUCUAUUAACUCUUUGAGUGUUGCUAACUUAACUAAGAUUUCUAACUCGUUAUCCUUAGAUUCUAACGCUUUAGACACUAUUGAAUUCAAGAAAUUGAAGUCUAUUGGUGAUUCUUUAUCCAUCACUAAGAAUAGUGAGUUAGAAGAAUUAGACUUCCCUAAGUUAGAAAAGAUUGGUGGUGCUUUAAAUAUUAA